AUGGAGAUUUCAGUUCAUAACAUCUUUUCUCUGCAUCUUUUGCUCUUAUUCUCACUGUCCUUCUCAAUCUCACCACCUGCCUGUGAGGCGUGCCAUGAAGUGGACAGAGAAGCUUUGCUUGGAUUCAAGCGCAGCAUCACAGCUGACCCUUCAGAACUGUUGCAAUCAUGGGUACCUUCCUCUGAUUGCUGCACCUCCUGGAAAGGGGUCGCUUGCAAUUCUGCUGCAGCGGGGGUCAAUGUCACACGUCAAGGCCUUGUUGGGACAGUGAUCAUUGUGGAUACGUUCAUGAGGAACUUUAUCUCCUUCCCUGGAAACCUAUCGUUUCUUCAAGUUCUUGACCUUAGCAAUCUCAAAAACUUGAAAGGACCAAUGCCACCAGAAUUAGGCAAGUUAUCGCAUCUUACUCUUCUUUUUCUCGAUUCAAACCAGCUGACAGGGUCGAUACCAGUGACAUUCAAGCACUUCUCUCGGCUGGAAAAGCUUUAUCUUAGCAACAACAAGAUUUCUGGUGUUAUACCUUCACCUGUCAUUGGAUCCUUAAAAUCACUGACCGAACUGGGUCUUUCAGGAAACCGAUUGGCAGGAUCAGUACCUGCAACAAUUGGCAAGUUGGUUUUGUUGGCAAAGCUUGAUAUUCACGGAAACAAACUUUCUGGUAGUUUGCCUACAACUAUUGGCAAGCUUAAGAACCUCAAAUCUCUUGACUUAUCUGAAAAUCAGAUAACAGGAAGCAUUCCGAAAUCCAUUGGUGGACUUUCAGCAUUAGAACUCCUAGAUCUCAAUCGGAACCAGAUUACAGGACUUAUUCCUUCUUCAAUUUCGGGCCUUAUCUCUCUGCAGUUUUGCCGCAUAUCAGAAAACAAGCUGACAGGAAGUUUGCCCCCAUCCAUUGGUGAGCUCCCAAAUAUUCAGAGGCUAAUUCUUGAGAACAACAAGGUCACCGGGAAACUACCGGCUACAAUCGGACAUCUUGUCACUCUUACUGAAAUAUACCUCUCCAACAACCGUUUCACAGGCAAGAUUCCUUCAAGUUUCGGUAAUUUGCAAAACCUUCAAACACUAGAUUUAUCAAGAAACAAUCUCUCUGGUCAACUUCCUUCUCAGCUGGUCAAAUUACAGAACUUACAGACAUUGGAUCUGUCAUUUAAUCCUCUGGGACUAAAUAGCAUACCAAAGUGGUUCUCUAAAUUGAAACUUUUUCGGCUCAUAUUAGCCAAAACUGGGAUUAGAGGAUCACUUCCAAGGUGGUUAUCUUCUACAUCCAUUUCCACUCUAGAUUUAUCAGGCAAUGCAUUGACGGGGAAACUACCAUCUUGGAUUGGUAACAUGACCGGCCUUUCGUUUCUCAAUUUAUCAAACAAUGGUCUUCACUCAUCGAUCCCAGCUGAAUUCAAGAAUCUUAGGCGUCUAAUGGAUCUUGAUCUCCAUUCAAACAAGUUCUCUGGUCACCUGGAUACAAUUUUCUUGAAAGAAACUGUUGAUCCUUUAGGCCAUUUUAACUCAAUUGAUCUUUCUGACAACACGUUCACUGGUCCUAUCAGUGAAUCCAUCGUAGAGAGACCUGCAAUGAACUCUAUAACAUCACUUGUUCUCUCAUUCAAUCCGCUAAAAGGAUCAAUACCAAAAUCCUUAGGGAAAUUGACUGAGCUGCAAAUCCUGAAGCUGGUAAGCAAUGGGCUUUCAGGGAAGAUACCGGUGGAGCUUGGUGAUGCCACGAAAUUGACCACAAUUUUGCUUUCAAGGAACAAGUUGAGUGGCUCCAUCCCAGGGAAGGUGCUCAAUUUGAAAGACCUCAAGGAAUUUGAUGUCUCGGAUAAUCAAUUAAGUGGCAAGAUUCCUCCACAUAAAGCCACAAUCCCUGCAUCUGCAUUUAUGGAUAAUCCUGGCUUGUGUGGUGCUCCCCUUCCUCCUUGUAAACAUUAAUAGUAUUUUCAACAAAGAAUAUCAUUUUAGAAUUCCUUUUUCUUUUUUGAAUUGUUCUCAGCAUUUAUCCAUUGUUAUUCACAUGAUAAGUUGCAAUUCUCUGUUCAUGUAAUUGUAUGUUCAUGAAUGGAAAAUAAUGUGGUCUU